AUGGCUACAAUUAUAACAACACCGAUCGUUACAUUACAACAGGCGCCAGUUGUUUACACAACUACAUAUAGUGUUGUACCACAAACAGUUGUUUAUACUUUUCCAAAUAAUAUUCCAGUUGUUAAAAAUAUCCAUGUAAUUCCUCCACAGCAAUUAUGCCUUAGCUAUUCUUAUACAACCCCCGUAACUGUUAUUAUAUAA